GGCGGGGAAUAGAAUGCUGCGCGCGCACUCCGCUGCUAUAUAAGGGUUGGCGGUCGCCUCACGCAGCCAGUCAGUUGGGGGACGAGUGGCGUUGGUCGUGGGUGCGCUGUGCCGCCGCCAUCAUGAGGGAGAUCGUGCACCUGCAGGCCGGGCAGUGCGGCAACCAGAUCGGGGCCAAGUUCUGGGAGGUGAUCAGCGACGAGCAUGGCAUCGACCCCACCGGCACCUACCACGGCGACAGCGACCUGCAGCUGGAGCGCAUCAACGUGUACUACAACGAGGCCACAGGUGGCAAGUACGUGCCCCGCGCCGUCCUGGUGGACCUGGAGCCCGGCACCAUGGACUCGGUGCGCUCCGGGCCCUUCGGGCAGAUCUUCAGGCCGGACAACUUCGUGUUCGGUCAGAGCGGAGCAGGAAACAACUGGGCAAAGGGCCAUUAUACGGAAGGUGCUGAAUUAGUUGAUUCCGUAUUAGAUGUUGUAAGAAAGGAGGCAGAAAGCUGUGAUUGCCUCCAGGGCUUUCAGCUGACUCACUCUCUUGGUGGUGGUACUGGCUCUGGUAUGGGUACCCUUCUAAUCAGCAAAAUUCGUGAAGAGUACCCAGACCGAAUUAUGAAUACGUUCAGUGUUGUACCUUCCCCUAAAGUCUCAGAUACUGUAGUAGAGCCCUACAAUGCCACGCUGUCGGUGCACCAGCUUGUGGAGAACACAGAUGAAACAUACUGUAUUGAUAACGAAGCACUCUAUGACAUAUGCUUCAGAACACUGAAGUUAACUACGCCAACAUACGGUGAUCUGAACCAUUUAGUGUCAGCGACCAUGAGCGGUGUUACCACCUGCCUGCGUUUCCCAGGCCAGCUUAAUGCUGACCUGCGGAAGCUGGCAGUCAACAUGGUUCCCUUCCCCCGUUUGCACUUUUUCAUGCCUGGUUUUGCCCCACUCACAAGCCGUGGGAGCCAGCAAUACCGUGCUCUGACCGUACCAGAGCUAACGCAGCAGAUGUUUGAUGCAAAGAACAUGAUGGCUGCGUGUGACCCACGUCACGGCCGCUAUCUGACUGUAGCUGCUGUGUUUAGGGGCCGUAUGUCAAUGAAAGAGGUCGAUGAGCAAAUGCUGAACGUUCAGAACAAAAAUAGCAGCUACUUUGUUGAAUGGAUUCCUAAUAACGUUAAAACAGCGGUCUGUGACAUUCCACCUCGUGGCCUGAAAAUGUCUGCCACGUUCAUUGGUAACAGCACAGCUAUCCAGGAGCUGUUCAAACGCAUCUCUGAACAGUUCACUGCUAUGUUCCGCCGAAAGGCUUUCCUGCACUGGUACACAGGCGAGGGCAUGGACGAGAUGGAAUUCACAGAGGCUGAGAGCAACAUGAACGACCUGGUGUCUGAGUACCAGCAGUACCAGGACGCUACAGCUGAGGAGGAGGGCGAGUUUGAGGAGGAGGCUGAGGAAGAGGCAGAGUAAAAGCUAUGCAUAUGAACACCUGUAAAUUUUGUUUAAAGCUGUAUGAACUCUUUCAUUCAAUACUUCCCUGUCUGUGUUGUGUUCCUCUUCCUGUCUUAAAGUCACUUCAGAUGCUGUACAGGCACCAUUAAAGCAUUUUUCACAGUGCA